GGUGCGGGGGAAAACACGUUUUGUACCAGUCCGCCACAGUUCACACCAGCCGCUCCGGGGUCGCGAACCAGCGCCCGGCCGUCUCGUCUUACGGGUUCGUGGCUUCAGCAGGUCCGCCGGACUGCGGGAGAGGGACGCGCCCGGCUCGACGGGGCACGCAGCGGCUCCUCGGCAGGCCUGUGGCCGUUCCCCGCGUCGGCGUCGCUCACCAGCCCGCGGCCGUGAGCGGCAGAGCGGGCAUGAAGGGCAGCGUGACCCGGUCCCCGGGUCUGAGGCGGUGACGGUGUCCGGACGUACCCUCUCUCACCCACCACCCGCUGGUCGUUUAGAUGUCUCCGUCGGAGGUGGGCUGUCAGAAUGAACGGCACUCAGCAGACUGAUACCAAGAGACAACACCUCCUAGAGAGGCUGCUGGAUGCUGUUAAACAGUGCCAAAUCCGCUUUGGGGGACGAAAAGAAAUUGCCUCUGACUCCGACAGCAGGGUGAUCUGUCUGUGUGCCCAGUUUGAGGCGGUUCUCCAGCACGGCCUGAGGAAGAACCGAGGCCUGGCCCUGACUGCCGCCGCUCUCAAACAGGCUGCGGGCUUCAGCUCAAAGACCGAAGCAGAGCUGACGUUCUGGUUCUAUGUGAAGGAGCACCUGAACAGACAUGAGCUGCAGAGGUUUUACUCUUUGCGCCACAUUUCAUCGGAGCUGGGCCGGGGCCGGGCCUGGCUGCGCUGCUCCCUCAACGAGCACUCGCUGGAGCGCUACCUGCACGCCCUGCUGGCCGACCACGCACGCCUCAGCACCUACUAUGAAGACUGGGCCUUCAUCCUGGAUGAGGAGCGGGCCAGCAUGCUGCCCACCAUGGCUGCAGGGCUCAACUCCAUCCUGUUUGCCAUUAACAUUGACAACAGCGACCUCAACGGAGGGUUGUCAAGAACGGGGGGCUCGUCCGUCUCCCAUCUCCUGAAGGAGUCCACCCAAGGAAUUGGCAGCCUGUGGAAGGAGUCCACGCAGGGGGUCAGCAGCCUGCUGCGGGAGAUCAGCACUGCUACCGCCGCUGUGCCGGGCUUCAUCACCCGCGCCGAAGGAGCUUCAGACCCGCUGCCUGUGCUGCCCCGCAGCGCCUCCGCUGACUCCGGGCUGAGGCGAGAGCGGCGGCGGAGGAAGAAGGUCACCAACAUCAUUUCCUUUGACGAUGACCUGGACGGCGGGGCGGAGGACGAGGAGGAGAGCGAGAGGGACGCCCGGAGGGUGGGGUCCAUAAGGAAAAGCCAGACAGCCCCGGGUGAGGGGAGCGUGGAGGAGGGUUUUGACCCGCUGGAGCCAGCGUUCUCCAUCUUCCCUGCCCACAGCCUUGACAAUGGGUUGGCUGAGCCCGCCGUGCUCAGCUGGGUGGGCUCACCGCACGUCUGUCGGACUCCGCCCCCCACCUCGCCCCUGCUGCCGGACAGCAAGAGCGUUGACAAUGAGGAAGAGGAGGAAGAUGAGGAGGAGGAAGAAGACGUGUACAAACCAAGGACCCAGCAGCAGGAGGAAGGGGAGGAGGAGGAAGAGAGAGUCGGCUCUGAGCAGGUGGUGGUGGGCAGCCUGUCCAGUGUGUCUACGUGGAGCCCCCUACAGGUGAUGACUGACCACAGCAGCUCCGACAUCCUGAUCCCUGUGACCCCUGCAGACCCCCAACCAGUGAGUUCGGUCGAGGACACGGUUGCAUUUCCUCCUCCUCGGCGCGAGCCGACGGGGCCGGAGGAAAACUGUGAGAGCGGCAGAUCCCAGCUGCAGUUCAGUAUGGAAGCCAGUCCGCCGGCCCAGACCGCCCCACUUUCUGCUCUGCUGCCAGCUCCAGUUCUGCCAGAAUCCAUGACCAUGGUGGAACUGCGUCAAGCCAUCGUUGCCAUGAUGAACAGGAAAGAUGAGCUGGAGGAACAGAACAUGUCUCUGCGCAGCCUGCUGGAUGGGGAGAUGGAGCACUCGGCUGGGCUGCGGCAGGAGACGGACGAACUGAAGAGGAGGCUGGCCGAGCUGGAGGAGCGACACACGGCCAAGGUCCAGGCCCUGGGCAGCUCUCCCCAUGCUGCGGACGAGUGAGGUCCCGGCCCCGGCGCCUCAGAACAAGUCGAUGGGGGACAUAGAAGAGCUGGCGGCGAGCUAUGAGCGCAAACUCAUCGAGGUGGCGGAGAUGCAUGGAGAGCUGAUAGAGUUUAAUGAGCGUCUCUAUCGCUCGCUCAUGGCCAAGGACCACCUCAUAGUCCAGAUGAGACAGGAACUCAUCGACCUGAGGGGACCGGUUCCAGGUGAUUUGAGCCAGACAUCAGACGACCCUAGCCUUUCAGAUUUUGAGACGGCUCACCGUGCACUCAUCAACGUUUGGAUCCCCUCCGUGUUCCUGCAGGGCAGAGCCGCCAAUGCCUACCACGUCUACCAGGUACCGACCCCCCCACACGACACAUCCGACGGGGAUGGCUG